AUUGAGAGACGGAAGAUCUUUCCUCGUUUCCAGCUGGGGCUGUUAUUGUGUGUCAGUUUUUGCUGUCUUGUUUCAUUGUCCCCCUUCAUGUGGGCAGUAGGAAGUCCGGCAGGACAACGAACUAAAAAUGCAACUGUCACUCUCUGCAAAUUAAUGCAUCUGCACAAAAAUAAUUGAAAAGGCAAAGAUCGGGAGAACAGCGAGCUCUGAUCAGCAGCCAGGAAGCCUCGGGUUUGCUUGUACGACGAGACCAAGCCCCCAUUCAACAUCUGAUCCUCGGGAUUUUCAGUAAGGGGGAAAUAAUAAUAUAAAAAGUGAAAUACACAACCCAAAUGCCAGGCCAGGAAUCUGCAAAAUAUGUCAACUGAAGAGAAUCUUGUUUUGCAUAGCAUUGAGUUAAACUGAGACAGAAUCCAAGAUCUGAAGAAUUAUGGCAAAGAAAAUCAGGACCUAGCCAGAAAAUCUCCAUGAGCUUAACACUUAAAAGACCUUCAAGAUUUCCAGCGGCCACACUAUUUUGCUUUUGUUCUCAUUAUGGCAAAGAUGAACAAAGACCUGAAGUUCAAAGUUGCUGUUAAUAAUUUGAGAGCACCAUGAGUGGGAUUUUGAAGAGGAAGUUUGAAGAUGUUGAAGGAGCCUCACCAUGUUCAUCUGUCAGGGAGUCAGAUGAUGAGAUCUCUGAAAGUGAAAGUGCAGAAAGUGGUGACAGUGUGAACCCAUCCACUUCCAGCCAUUUUACUCCAUCAUCAAUCCUGAAAAGGGAGAAGCGAAUGAGGAUAAAAAAUGUUCGCUUUGAUUACGUGACUGUCUAUUAUUUCACACGGCGACAAGGUUUCACCAGUGUCCCCAGUCAGGGUGGCAGCACACUGGGUAUGUCCAAUCGGCACAAAUGCGUACGCCAGUAUACACUUGGAGAAUUUGCCUUGGAGCAAGAGAGAGUCCAUGGAGAGAUGCUGAAAGAGCAUCUGAAAGAGGAAAAGCUCAACUCACUGAAAUUGAAGCUAACAAAAAAUGGUACAGUAGAAUCUGAGGAAGCCAAUACGCUGACUUUAGAUGAUAUUUCUGAUGAUGAUAUUGAUCUAGAUAAUACGGAAGUUGAUGACUAUUUCUUCUUACAACCAUUGCCAACCAAAAAGAGAAGAGCCUUAUUACGGGCUUCAGGGGUUAAAAAAAUCGAUGGAGAAGAGAAACAUGAACUUCGUGCAAUUCGUGUAUCCAGAGAGGAUUGUGGCUGUGAUUGUCGAAUAUACUGUGAUCCUGAGCUUUGUGCUUGUAGUCAAGCAGGGAUUAAGUGCCAGGUGGACCGUAUGUCUUUCCCAUGUGGAUGCACAAAAGAAGGCUGCAGCAAUACUGCAGGCAGGAUUGAAUUCAACCCUAUCCGGGUACGGACACACUUUUUGCAUACAAUAAUGAAGCUGGAGUUGGAGAAAAAUCAGCAGCAGCUUGGGUUGGAGAAUGGUUUCUCAGGAGACAUGAAUGCUCAUGCUAGUCAUCUGAUACACAGCCAGCAGCCCCAUGAAUAUUCUAUUGCAGAUAGUUUUGACAUUGAAAAUGAACCUGAAACAGCAGUGAUGCACCUUCAGUCAGCAGAGGAGUUGGACUGGCAAGGAGAAGAUGACGAGGACGAGGAUGACGAUGGGAGCAGUUUAUGCAGUGGCAUAACAGACUCGAGCGUGCAGAGCUUGGCAGCCAGUGAAUCAGAUGAAGAGCCAGACAGCAAAGCUGAAAGCUUUACUGAAGCAUUGGCUGCCCCUGUUGUGACACAAACUGAGGCUAUUCCACUUUCUUCGGUAUUAUGUUAUGCUGAUGGCACAUCUGCGCAUGAUAGCACACCAUCAGAAGAUGCAUCAUAUUUCUCUAAUUCUUCAACACUGUAUUAUCAGAUAGAAGGAAAUACUGCGACUGCAACCACAACUGCGACCACCAGCACUACACCUGCUACCAGAGAUUGUGGCAUUGAGCCUUUCUGUGUAGAAGCCACUUUAACAUCAAACUACACAGAGAGGAGUCAGGAGAAUGAAGCACUUUCUUUGGUGCCUUAUGGCUCAGCUGCAGAGCAAUAUAUUGACUACGCACAUCAACCAGAGGGAAGCUUUACCAGUCCUCACUAUCCCAUAACAACACCUUCUGUUAUAGUUUGUUGUCCUUCAGCACAUGAAAAUAAUACUCAGUGUAACAGUCUAUAUGCUGAGCAACAGCCUAGCCACACUCCAGCAGAGCUUCAAAGUUAUUUAAAUAACCAUGUUCAAGAUGAUUUUGUUGCUACGUCAAAUGGGGAUGUUUACGCACCUAAGCAGGUACUGGAAAAUACCAUCAUCCUCCCAGAGGGCAACGGACUGUUAGAAGAGACUAUCAAAACAUCAGUAGUGGAAACUGUGUUUGUUUAGUGUGCUCAGUCACUCCAUUUUUUGUUCUUUACUACAGUUUACCAGUUAUUCAGAAUGGA